UCUAGAGACUACACAUCCUCCAAGUAGGUCGAUUGCCUCAGGGAUACCACAUGCGAAGAAGGGAUUGUUUCUUGACUGAGACGAGACCCAAUAUCAACCGUGGUUGCCCUUCUGGAAGUAUCACAACUUACCAUUACGCAGCAUAUUAUCUCCCUCGCAGCUCCAUCUCCGACUCCUUCAAACUCACCCAGAUCCCCAACAAAUCUUCGCUGUGCGAAUGGAAGGGCCGAGCAACGUAUUGGAACAUCACGAAUGUGUCGUCGGGCGAGACAGUGAAGAACAAGAUAUGGAGCUAUGAAUCACCAACUCCAGCAUUCAAGGACAUCAAAGGGCAUCUCUCGUUUUAUGCAAAUGGCGUGCCUUGGGAGUGUUUCGUGGACGAUGAGAAGGUGACACCACAGGAAGGUGACUUUUAUGGUGGAUGGGUGACGAGCGAGCUGGAAGGACCUAUGAAAGGUGGUCCAGGGACCUGGGGAUGGUAGUUGUUUUCGUCGCAUAGGAUUGAUGCACGUGUUUACUCUCAUCGCCUACGUGCAGUGUAUUCUUGCUUCGGCGGUGAGCCGCGUAGAUCUUUCCUCAACUAUGAACACCUCCCGGCAAGGCAUGUAGGACGACAAAGGAACCGUUGGUAAAGUAGGCUCAUGGAGGAUCCCUGCAAGGCCUCGUGAUGGAGGCGACCCUCAGUCGGUUGCGCGAUCGGUACAUCAGAAGCAGACAUGGCAGGACGCAAUCACAACUCCUGCGCGGACAUAGAAAGUCG